AUGUCCAGCUUUCUCAACUCCGAUUUGCUCAAAGGCCUGACCCAAGACGGCCUCUUGCCGCUUUGGAUGACCCUCGUGUCCGGUAUGGCCUUGUUCAACGCUGUUCAAAACUACCUCACGACGUCAUUGACAAAGCGAGUAUACUCCAAAACCCAGCAAGUCAAUGCCUUACAGGCUAGGACAUUCGGUGUUUGGACCAUCACCUCUGCACUCAUCCGGGCUUAUGCCGCAGUCAACAUCCAUGAUCCGAUACUUUAUCAGCUCGCAUUGUACUCUUACUACAUCGCUGCUUUCCACUUUGGCACCGAGAUCCUCAUCUACAGGACAGCAGGAUGGGGUGCCAUCAGUCCUGUCAUCGUUUCUUGUGAGAUCCUUUCUGCUUUGUAA